AUGUCAUCAGUUUUGAGAGUCUACAGAAAUCUUACACCAACUGAGAAAACAAUAUUAUGCGAAACGGCGACUGGCGUGAAGAACGGCGUCCUGUUUUCUGCAACAUACUACAAGAACUUUCCAAAUAAAGACUUGAGUGACAAUGAAACUCUCCGUUCAGAUAUGAAUCAAAGAUUAAGUGACUCCAUGAUUUGGAAAGCAUUAUUAAAAGUCAUUAAAGAGCACGCCGAGCUCCGUUGUGCAGUUUCAAGAAACUUGGAAUUUGAACCUGUUGACAAAAUAGAUUUUGAAGAUGUAGUGCGCAAGAUUGAAUUUGAUUGUUACGCUGACGAGCAGGUAAAUUGCUACAACGGCGUCCCGCCCUACCUACUCCGUCAUAUAUUCGACAAAUGUCAUUUCACUUUGGGUCAAAAGCAGCCAUUAUGGCAGUUAUUUGUAAUCGACGGCACGAUGGUUGUUUUUCAUGGCCAUGAUGUAUUGUUUGACACAUUUGCUGCCGCGAACUUCCAUAAACUGUUCCUACAAGCUCUUAAUUCGUUGAGCGAAAGUUGUACCAGCCCAAGACCUGUUUUCAAGGGCGGGAAAAUUUUGCCAACCCUGCCUAGAGCUCUUUUCCAAAAACAAGAACCUCAAGCUGCUUCUUCAAUUACAGAUGCGUUUUACUCUCAAUCGCAGGCGAUCCUGAGAAGCCUUUAUAAUUUGGCUAUCAAGAAGCCGCUACGCUUCAUUGAAUCUGGAAGAAUAGAGCACUCGACUGAGCAGCAUUCUGGCACGCCUGAGCCUUUGAACUACCCCAAUCAUCUUUGUGGGACUGUUGUAUUCGGGACUAUAAGCACUCCAAGAUUCAAGAUACUAAAAGGUAUUCUCAACGACCAUAAGAUUUCAAUGAAAACCUUCAUUAUAUCUGCCACAUUGUUCUGCCUUCAGCCAGUACUGGACUCGUCAGAGGACAAAAUUACCUUCUCUCUACCAAUAAACCUUCGCGACUUAAUACCAUGGUCAUCUCCUCUCGGAAUUUAUCAUAGGAAUGUUUUAAUUGAAUGCCCAUUGGGAACAGCAGGUAGAAAUAGCAACUGUUCAGCUGGUAGCUAUGUAUCAAAUCCAGAGCUUCUAGAAGGAAUGACACUAAGCGACGCUAACCAAACUAAUGCAGACCAAGCAGACCCCGAAUCUUUAUUUGAAAGAACUGUUACGCAUGUGUCUAAUGAGUUGAAAAAGGCUCUCCAAGACCUAGAGACUGGAAAAUUCAAGGACAUGGACAUGAUGAAAAUGGAACAGGAAGCCAAAUUUUACGCAGCUGCUUCGGGAUCAAAAAUCAUUGAAAUCAACGACUUAUCUGAAAUAGAUUUGAGCAACGUAAACCCCUCUCAAUAUGUCGUUGAAGACAUUUGUGCUACGAAGAGCAGAUGCAACAAUACUUUUAUGUCUAUCUCGUACUCUUUUUCAAGUACUUGUGGGCUAAACUUGGGAAUCCACUACUCAGAAGAUUGUGAAAUGAAUUAUUUUGUCGAGAGCUUUGAAGCAUUUCUCGAAAAUUAUCCUAAGUUUGUGUGCUGA